CCCAAGUCAUCCAAUUUAACAUUUGAUGAGUGGAAGUGAUUAUUACCUUUAUGUACAAACGAUAAAUAGUCUCAUUAUAAACCAUACCUUUUUUUUUACUAUUGUGACUUAAAAUGUGUAUAUUUUGAUAGGUAUUUUACAAAUAAAUCAAAACAUAGGUAACAUACUAAAUGGGUAAAAUCAAGUGCACUUUGAUAAUAAAUUUACAUAAUGCAAUGAAUGAGUACGUGCUCAAACCACUUACUAACUUCCUCGAGAAAAACAAAGAAAAAUAAAUAAAAAAAUUCCACCUCAAAGGUCUAUUGCUUGAGGGAGUCAGUAUAUAUUAUACUCCCGCAGGAUCACGCCAUGAAAAUAAAAGAAAUUCCAAAGGCCCAAAAGGUGUAAUUUAGAUGGUACACUACGCAGUAUUGACCGUCCAUUUGUGUUGAUGUACAGCAGAUCUGGAUCGUCCAUUGUAGUGGUUCUGAAACUUUUGGAUCCAAGAGUUGUUUGGCGGAUUAGAGAGAGCAUGAGAACGCUUUCGCAUGCCCUAGGUUUCGUGAAAUUCGAUCCCCAUCGUCCAUUCCCAUCUUGCCCUAACCUCUCUCUCUCUCUCCUCUCCCUCUCUGCUACGCCGCAGGUGGUUCUUGUGGAGAAUUAUUUUCUGAUGGAAUGUGAGACCAAUGACAUGAAUGUAACUGGGUCCAAUGAUGGUAAUGUCAAUGGACCAAGCCUUGAAACAUCUGACAUUUAUGGACUCGAGAAUUUAGAAGAUGAAGAAAACCCUGAACUGAAGACUAGAAUGAAGGUUUUGGAGGAAAAUAUGGAUCAUCAGUUCCACGAGGAAAGGGUCAGUGACGAAUGUUUAGAGGACCAGGGGUGCUCAUCUACUUCAGAUGAAGAGCGAAAUCAAGAACACACAGAUUUGGACUCUGAAACCAACUUGGGAACAAGUUUAGAAGAGAUCAAUGAAAUGGUUGGACAUUCUGUGGGAGAUAUUGAUCCUUAUGUUGGUAUGGAGUUCGAAUCGGUUGAGGCAGCAGAGACUUUCUAUAAGGCAUAUGCAAUGCGUUUGGGUUUCGGAGUUCGUGUUGGCACUAGCCGUCGUUCAAAGCGUAGUGGAGAAAUCACUGCCCAAAGAUUUGUAUGUAACAAACAAGGUUUUCGUGCUAAAAAAUACCUCUCCAGUAAGAGGCCACGACCAGCCACAAGAGAAGGAUGUAACGCCAUGAUUAACUUGAUAAGAAGAGACUCUGGGAAAUGGGUUGUUUCGAUAUUUGUAAGCGACCAUAAUCAUGAAUUGUUAGCUCCAAUACCUUUCCAUCGACCACGUAGGCGAGUCAGUAAUACAACGAGAAAUCUAAUCCACACACUUGAUAAAGCGCGAAUAAGACCGGCAAGAAUGGUCUCUGCAUCUAGUGCACAAUCUAGUGAAUCAUACGAUGUUGGCCUCCCAAGGAAGGAAAUUGGAAAAGACACUGCUCAACGUUUAUUAGAAUACUUCAGAUACAUGCAAGCAAGGGAUCCUUCAUUUGUUUAUGCAAUCCAAGUUGAUGAGGAAUUUCGUAUGAAGAAUUUCUUUUGGGCUGAUGCCAAGUCAAAGAUGGCCUAUCGGUACUUUGGUGAUGUAGUUACAUUUGACACAACUUACAGGACAAACCGUUAUGGGAUACCAUUUACUCCAUUUGUUGGGGUAAACCAUCAUAAACAACCUGUCUUUUUUGGUUGUGCAUUAUUGCAAGAUGAGACAGAGUCUUCGUUUACUUGGCUCUUUAAUACUUUGCUUGAGAUGAUGUAUGGACGCCCUCCGGUCUUAAUAAUCAGUGACCAAGAUGCAGCCAUAGGAGCAGCUAUUAUAAAGGUAUUUCCGGAAACCCGCCACUAUUUUUGCAAGUGGCACAUCUUAAUACAAUACCCGGAGAAGUUAGGUCAUUUAGAGGGGAGGAACCCAAAUUUCAAGGGGGAUUUUGCUAAAUGUAUUAACCUGACUGAGUUGAAUGAUGAGUUUGAAUCAAGUUGGUGGUCCCUUAUUGAUAAAUAUGACCUCAGGGACAAUGAGUGGCUUCAGUCCUUGUAUAAAUGUCGUGAGCAGUGGGUCCAAGUACACCUGCAUGACACAUUCUUUGCACAUGUGGUUAUUCCCCAAAAAACUGAAAGCAUAAGCACGCUUUUGGAUGGGUACCUGAGCGGUGAUACUAGCCUAGAAGCAUUUGUUGAGCUGUGGGAGAAAACCCUGGACAAUAGAUAUGAAUUGGAACAUGAAGAAGAUUUCAAAACACUCUACACGAAACCAAUUUUGAAGACUAGCCUGCCUAUGGAAAGUCAAGCAGCAACAGCUUAUACAAGAACCAUAUUCAUGCUAUUUCAAGAGGAGCUAUUUAGAAGCCUUUCCUAUGUCGCCAAGAAAAUUGGAAAGGAUGGACCUACAAACACUUUUAGGGUAGUGGCCUUUGGGGCAGAGCAGAUUGCGUACACUGUUACAUUGAAUGUUUCAGAAGCGAAAGCAAGUUGUAGCUGUAGAAUGUUCGAGUAUGCAGGCAUUCUUUGUAGGCAUGUUCUAAAGGUAUUUAUCAAGGAAGAUGUCAUGUUGCUCCCUUCUCAUUACAUCUUAACACGGUGGACAAGAUAUGCUACUAGUGCACUUGUUGUCGAUGAACACGAUGUCAAAAUGCAACGUGAUUGUCAAGAAUCACAAGCAUUGCGAUAUAGUAAUCUAUAUCAACAUGCCAUCAAAUAUGCAGCAGAAGGGGCGACAAAUGAAGAGGUCUACAAUGUCUCGGUGCGUGCUCUACAAAAGGCUUUACAGGAGAUCCUUGCUGUGAAGAAAAAAGUUGAGGGAGUUACACAGCUUGGUUCCCCAGUUAGUGGUGUUCAGGAAGCUGAGACAUGCCAUGGGAGUCAACCGAGCAAUACAAUUGAAAAAGGUGGGCCUUGUGGGAAUCCUCAACAGACUCCUACCACAUACAUCUUAUAUGAUCAGACAACUGGUUUGAGCGUCAUGCCAGUCUUCUUCUCCACCGCACCAGCGGCCCAAGCACCAAACCAACCCCAACAAGCAAUAUACCCGGCAAACCCGGCCUUAAUCAAAGUCAACCCAAGCCCAACUCAGGCCCAAGUGAAGCCCUCAAGUAUAAGAGCAGCAGCUUUGGCUGCAGGGGCCCGGAUAGCCCCAGCUGAAACUGCUGCCUCUCUUCUAAGAGCAGCCAGAUCAAAGAAUGUCAUUCAUGUUGGGCCCAGUUUACUUGAUAAGAUCAUUGCUGACAUUAAUGGACCCAAAAAGAAGCCCAGUGGGACGGGAAAUGCGGAUGCAGGCCCGUCUCGAACUGAAUCUAAUGGUGGUAGCAGCAAUGGAUUUGGGGAUUCACUAGGUGGAGCAGAGAAGGGAGAGGAUAUGAAGUUAGAAUUGGCAAAAGAACCAGACCCAUCGGUGACAGAGAGUUCAGCUACAGACGAGAACCCAGGCAAUGUAGAGAGAGAAUCAGUUGAGGAUCAAAGUCAUUCAGUGGUUGGGAGUUCAGGUACAAAAGACAACUCAGGCAAUGUAGAGAGAGAAAUGGGCAGGGAGGAAAACCAGCCAAUUAUCAAAGGCAAUGUAGAGAGAGAAAUGGGCAGAGAGGAAAACCAGGCAAUUAUGGUGUGUUUGGGUGCAGAGGAGAACCCAGGAAAUGUUGAGAGAGAAUUGGCCAAUGAGCAAAACCAGUUACUAAUUGACAGUUUUGAGUAAUGAGGAUAAGCAAGGCAAUGUACGGAAAGAAUCAGUUCUCAAGAGCAAAACCAGUGGUAGGCCGAUAGUUGGGAAAUAGAGGAGAUCUGGGGCAAUGCAGAGAGUAGGAAAGAUGAUGCUAUGGUAGAUGAAAGAUGAUUGUUGGAAGUGUCUUUUAACAUGGGAGCGGAAACUGUAUUUAACAUGGGAAUGGCAAACUCUGCAUAUUGCCAGGUGCAUCUUCUGCAAUCAAAAUUUAAGGGCAUGUUGGAUCAACUCUACAAAUUCAGAGAAUAAGGGCUCGUCAUUCUUUCUAACUAUAUUCAUUAAUAUCAUAUUUCUUUUUCUUUUUGACUAAUAUGUGUCAAAUUUUCUCCUCCUCAUCGUUCAUGUGAUCUCUUUAAACCUAUUGUUUUUUUUAGUGAGGAGAGCCCUUUUUUUUUAGUGAGGAGAGCCCGCCCCAUAAAGUAAUUGGUUUUUAUCUCUGUAACUGUCACCUUUGUAAAUUAUAAUUUAUUGUUUGAAUAUCAUUGAAUUCAAGUA